AUGGCAAAUUCACAGAAUGAGACAAGGCUUUCCCAGGGCGGCCAUUGGCCCUCGGGAACUAUAAAGCAGUCUCAUCCAGAAACAGCCUCAUAUUUUCCUUUCCCGGAGGCAUCCAAGUGGAUGGCCAUGGAGAGGCCGGAGGCCUGGGAGCCGCAGGGCGCGGACUCGCUGCGGCGCUUCCAGGGGCUGCUGCUGGACCGCCGGGGUCGCCUGCACGGCCAGGUGCUGCGCCUGCGCGAGGUGGCCCGGCGCCUCGAGCGCCUCCGCAGGCGCUCCCUGGCGGCCAAUGUGGCGGGCAGCUCGCUCAGCGCCGCGGGCGCUGUGGCCGCCAUCGUGGGCCUCUCGCUCAGCCCCAUCACCCUGGGGGCCUCGCUUCUGGCGUCGGCCGUGGGGCUGGGGGUGGCCACCGCCGGAGGGGCCGUCACCAUCACUUCCGACCUCUCCCUGGUCUUCUUCAACUCCCGGGAGCUGCGGAGGGUGCGGGAGAUCGCCGCCACCUGCCAGGACCAGAUGCGCGAGAUCCUGAGCUGCCUGGAGUUCUUCUGCCGCUGGCAGGGCCGCGGGGACCGCCAGCUGCUGCAGUGCGGGAGGAACGCCUCCGUCGCCCUGUACAACUCUGUCUAUUUCAUCGUCUUCUUCGGCUCACGUGGCGUCCUCAUCCCCAGGCGGGCCGAGGGGGCCACCACGGUUAGCCAGGCCGUGCUGAAGGCCAAGAUUCAGAAACUGGCCGAGAGCCUAGAGUCCUGCACGGGGGCUCUGGACGAGCUCAGCGAGCAGCUGGAGUCCAGGGUACAGCUCCGCACCAAGUCCAGCCGUGGCCACGCCCACGAGACCUCUGCUGAUCAGCCCGCGGGACUGUUUUUCUGAGAACAUCCUUUCCCCCUCAUGACCAAGGCCAGAAACCAUCCCCAUGGGAUGCUCCAGAUUUAUAGCUCCCUCAGGAAAACACCAAGCUGGGUCAGGAGGUGAAUGCAAAGGAUGAGAAAAAACUGUUUUGAAGUGGGUGGGGCCUCACAGUCGUUUUCCUAUCACUGUGACAUCCUGCAUGGGGCUCCGUGCUAAUAAUGACUUUCCACUUGCGUUAUCCCAGUGGGGUACGUGACCUGAAAACUGUUUUUCCUUUAUCGAAAACUUUCAGUCUUCACACAGCUAAGCCAAAGUACUUGGUCACUCCGGUUUUCAAGUUAAGGGGUCUCUGCCCCUGCUGUGGUGGUUUGAGCUGAGGCUGGAGAGCGUAGAGAGACACAGCCACGCUCUGGGUCGUCUCUGAGACCCACUAGGCUUCCCAGGUCCUUAAAAUCCUCGUGAGAGGUUAGCUCUAAAACCUCUCUUCCGAGUUUCUGAGUACAAAAAACCCCGGAGUCCAAAGCAGGCUAGACCCCCUCUGAACGAACGUUCCAGGAGGAUUCAGGACCUAGACAGGGCCCUCCCUUCACCUCUCAGCUCACCCACUCACGGAACCAGCCUGCAAAUGGAGUGGACCUUUUCUGGGUGGCUGUGGGCUGAGCUUUCAAACCCAACCUCCAGGUAUUCUGAUAGAGGGAAAAAAAGUAAGCCGGCAUCUAAGUCCUGCCCCCUUGCAUAAAGCAGCUAAGGCCAAGAAAGAUGGAGUGACGAAAAUUUGUAUUUACUGAUAUCACAGUGUAGAGAAAAGAGCAGUGGUUUCUGAGUUAGACGGUUCUGAGUUUAUUAUCGGCUUUGUCACAAACUAUGUGAUCUUGGCCAAUUAAUCUCUGAGACUUAGCUUGUUGGCCCUGUAAAACAGAGAUGAUAAAACAUCACCCUGUUGUGAGAUAUUAAAUAAAGUGCCUAGUACAGUGUCUGGCACACAAAGUGUGGUACCUGGACUGGCAACAUUAGCAUCACCUUGGAACUUGUUAGAAAAGCACAUUCUUAGACCGACCCUUGACUUACAGAAUCAGAAACUCUGGGGGUGUGGCCCAGCAACCUGUGUUUAAACAAACCCUCCAGAUGGUUGUAAUGCACACUAAGGUUUGGGAACCAGUGUAACAAUGAGACUUCAUGAAGACACACCGCCUCUCUAGGGGCUACAUGGUCUUCAGAGUCAUUCAUAGAAGGUCGAGGACAGACUUCGUCCCAUAAGCAAACGAAAGUGUGUGCGUGAUUGCUCAUCAGCGCAUCUUCGGGCCCUUUCCCACCGUCUGAACUAAAGGCUGUGACACAGAAAGCCCUUUAGAGGGCAGCAUUGCCCACUCAUUGUCCACACUGGUACAGAAAGGAAUGUGAACUUAAAGGGACUGACCUUUCUCUAUUACCUUCUCCGAAAACCACCAGACCGUGUAUUUUUUAAUUUAUUUCAGGUUCCUUAUUUAAUUACUGUUUAUUAUUUGCAUUUAAUUUUAUUUAAGCACCAUAUUUAGAAAAUAAUAGAAAUAGCAAGUUUUUGAAUGGGAGACCACUGGGGCUCUCUUAAAGAGAUGAGGUUGAGUUUUACUUUCUAAGGCAGAGCAUCAGCUGGCAAUAGCACUGCUCUCCUUGAAUAAGUCUCUCCCUUCAGGGAGAAUUUUUUUUUUUAGUGUUUUAAAUGAGCCUUUUAAGUAAGUGCGGGAAGUUCUGGGAAACCCUGGUGGUGGAGUGGUUAAGAGCUAUGGCUGCUAACCAAAAGGUCAGCAGUUUGAAUCCACCAGGUGCUCCUUGGAAACUCUAUGGGGCAGUUCUACUCUGUCCUAUAGGGUUGCUAUGAGUUGGAAUCGACUCGAUGGCAAUGGGUUUUACGGGGAUGUUCUGAAUAGAGAGACCAGAAUCUGAGCUUAAGCUUGUAAAUGGAGGCUUGAAUUGAGGGAUAUGUAAAUGAUGCAAGUAUACCUAUCCUGAAGGUACUCUGCCAGUGGAUGACACUUGGCCUGGAAGGAGAACCUAUUUAGGGCAGGAAACAAUAACAACUAGAGAUGUGUGAAGGAAGUAUGAUGAUGUGUUGUUUCCACUUUGGGGUCCGUAAGAACUCUGUAAGCUCUCUCUAAGAAAAUACUUAUAUUGUCUUCAUUUUUCAUUCCUACAACUGUAAUAUUGAAAAAAUAUGUUAAAAAAUCUUUGGGACCACACACAGAAACUUGGCUGUAUUCUUUAAUUAUUUAAUAUACUAUACAUUUAGCAACUCUACUCCACCGUUCCCAGUGAUGGCAGUGUGUCUGAGGGAGUAUAGUUUCAGUGCUGGGAGGAGGAGCUGGUAUUUCUAUACGUUAAUUAUUCCUAUAAAUUGCAGUUCAUUUGCAUCCUGGCUUAUUUUGAAGUUGAUAUUGGUUUCUUUUUAAACUGGUGUCCUUUUCUAGCCUACCCUGCACAGGUGCUAGAAUUUUACAUCACCAGAAUGUACUUCAUAUUGUCGUUCGUGGUUUUUAUGUCUUAAAGGUACAGCCACUCCCUAACUUCUUUUUUUUUUUAAUGCUUAAGUUUGAUUUGUUCUUCCAGUGCCUAAGCUAUUCCUUGGCAAUAAACUGGGCACCUUUGGAAGUAGUAGCAAACUUUUCCUAUCAUUAGGGUAUCUUGAAUGUAUCAAAGUCCUAACUUCUGAAGUUAUAAUUUACAUCUAAAGAAGAGCGCCUACUUUGGAAGGAUACUUUGCACACCAUAGAAGCUCAUUGAAUGCAUCUGAAUACUUUAAUUAACUGCUUAGCUAUGUUAUACCAAUUUGUUAAUAAUGAAACAUUAUCCAUUCUGUUACGAGCCUGUUACGAAGAUUGGAGCCUUUACCAGGAUUUAGUCAAAUUCAGUUAAAUUGAUCCUAGAGACAAGUAUAUAUUUAUUUCUUUCAUGGGAAUGUGAGUAAGGCUUCUCUUUAAGGCAUUCAUUCCAUAAACAAACAGGUUGAAAAUGGUAUGUUGUACAGGGAAGAAGGGAGAGGGGUAUUUAGAUUACAAGUGUACUUCAGAAAAAUGUCAGAAUUUGAAAAAUAAACGUGUUUGUGCUAAAUGUUUAAGUUGUUCUCUCUUAGUUUCUCGGGUUUGCAAUCAUUUGGAUUGUUUUAUUUCACAA